CCGUAGAAUGAUUCAAGGACGGCAGUCAAGCACUCAGACCCGUUGUUGGUUUAUACGCCACUCCCUACGUUUACGACAUACACACAUAUUGAGCAAGAGUAUGACAGCAUCAUCACUGCGCUGAAACUUAAGUGACUUCACAACAAACAACGACUAGGUAUGAUCGCAACUGUCAGAGGCACAUGCGUCUCUGUUCUAUACAUAUGGUUCACGCUCUAUCACGGGGAAUCAGCGGGCACGGAUUGUAACAACCCCAUAAGCAUCCGUGCUACACACUCUCACCAGUACUUGACCUCCCCAGGCUAUCCGCAUGGCUAUGAAAGGAACAUUGCAUGUCGGUGGACUAUUACAGCACUUUCAGGUGAAACUGUACAAGUUGCUGUUACAGACAUAGAUUUGGAUGUGUCCGAUUGUCCACGAUGUACACGUGCCUCCUGGCAUCGAAUUGAAGUGACAGAUGGUACAAGCGUCUGGCCUAAUGACAAGUUAGGGUUGUUUUCCAAUUAUAACAAUAAGACACUAACCAGCAGAAGAAGUUCUCUCACUAUGUCAUUCACACCCCGUAUCGAUGGAAGUGGAGGCCGAGGAUUCAAACUCAAGUACUACUCGGGUGUGUUUUACGACGAUUCCUUUGCUAUAGUCGAGUUAGAGGCACGCAGCGGGAAUGAAGUGUUUGUACCACCGACGCUUCCGCCAAACUACCCAAAUCGGUUCCAAAUGAGCUGGAGGAUAACUAAAACAAGAGCAAACGGGAGGAUGUACAUUAAGGUUCUGUCUUCAUCUCUUACUGGUGAUUGUGAGCGCAAUUACAUGGAAGCGAAAAACGGUUACGGCCGCACCUCCCCUUCACUUGGUCGGUGGUGUGGACAGGAGACGCCUGAGAAAUAUGCUACUGGUAUCUACAUGUUCAUCCUGUUAACCUGCGACAGCCCUGUGGGUAAAGGUUUUGGCUUCACCAUUGAAUACGGGACUUUUGCAUUGCAACCUACAACUCCUGCAAGUGACGGUAACAAUGAGGUAUCAAAAAGCGGUGCAUCGAUCGAGGUCAUAGCAGGAAGCUUCGUUGGAAUCAUUGCAUUUUGCGGCGUGACAUACCUAGUGUCUAGAAUAGUAUGUGACAGGAUGGAAAUGAGAGACAUCGAAUCUGAGCAUUCAGAGGAACACCUCUCGCUGGAAAACCCCAACAGGCAGUUACCAAGCCCUGUGGUGACACCAUCAGCACCUUCAUUGUCUGACCGUGACAGGGUCAACCCGUCCGUCCUGCCACCGGCCUACGAUGACGUGAUGAAGAAUAACGCCUUUUACAGUCCCGUUAUGAAUACAUAAUUACAACACAUGUAAAAGUAAUGAACAAAUACAAUUCUGAGCUGACCUAUAAGUAAUCGAGCCUGGACCAGUCAACCCAGUGAUUGAUAUUAUGAGCAACGAUCCUUGUCUUCGGGGUACGCUGCCACGGAUUCAACCAAGUCAUCGAUCCUGGUCAUCGAUCUAUUAUAGGUUGCCUCUUACUGGCAAUAAAAGCUGGGAACCGAUUUUAACCAGGAAUCCCCACACUAUGGCAUUGGUACUUAUAGGUGAAAAGUAUCUUGUAACUAAGUCAGCAAUAUUCCAGUAAUGUGACCAGGGCCUGUCACUCGAUUCUCAGUCAGGCCAACCAGUUGGACACAGCACCGCUCCACGAUGUCGGGGCACGGUGACACUCUGUGAGAUCAGACAUUGUUCCACCCGAUUCCAAUUCUUCGGCUCCUACGACAAGCACUGGCUCAUGGAAUCUAUUCUGUAACGGGAUCACGAAGGGAUACACUGAAAAAACAAAACAAGUUUAUUUAUCUUAAGAUACUGAACUUCACAGUUCUUGUAUCGGUCUUGUUACUGUGUUAAUCAUUUGAUCUCAUGUCUAGCGUUUCUGAAAACUUACAACAUUAUAUUUUGCAAUAUACUCAUCGUAUCACCAGAACAGUUAUUUAUUGAUAAUCGGGUCAUCUGAGUGAAUGGUUAUUCAUGGCAAUAUGCUCUCUGAAAUGUAUAAUUUUUAUGUUCAAUAUUAUAUUUAAAAUAAAGUUUUAUAUUCUUUGAAA